AAUCUUGAGGCUGCUGAAGCUCGACGUAAAAUAUCGAUAGAAUGUUUAAAGGAUAUGAUAAAAUGGUUGGAAGAUGGUGGCCAAGUUGGCAUCUUGGAUGCUAGUAAUACGACCGAAGAGAGGCGUAGAGAAUUAUGUAACAUCUUAACUGAUGAAGAAAUUCAUGUGAGUGAAUCGUUAAACGAAUUGUCUCAAAGAGCCGACGCAGAAUUAAGUCCAGAGGGUAUACGUUAUGCGCAUAAUUUAAAAAAUUUCUUGUUGACUUUGAGAGAGAAAGAAAAAAAACAACGAAUAGAGGAUGGAUGGGGUGAUGAAGACGAAAGAACACUGACUAUAUGGACGUCGCCACGUCGUCGUUCAUACCAAACUGCGAAACCUUUUGAAGAUGAAGGUUACAUUGUGAAACAACGGACAUCAAUAGCGGAACUGAAUCUUGGGGAAAUAGAUGGAUUAACUGUUGAUGAAAUAAAGUCUAUAAUUCUUGAACUUGAACAUGAGAAAAAUGAUGUCUUAAUCAUUGCUCAUGAAACGGUAUUGAAAUGCUUGUAUGCGUAUUUGUUUGACCAACCGGAAGAU